AUGCACCUGCCCGGCUGCGCCCCAGCCAUGGCCGACGGCAGCUUCUCGCUCGCCGGCCACCUGCUCCGCAGCCCGGGCGGGAGCGCCUCGCGGCUGCACAGCAUCGAAGCCAUCCUGGGAUUUACCAAGGACGACGGGAUCCUCGGCUCCUUCCCGGAGGAGCGGGUCGCCCGGGGUGCGAAAGAGCGGGAUAGGAGGCCGGGCGCGCGGACCUCCUGCCCCAAGGCGCCUGCAGGAGGCGCCGAGCCCUCCACGCCUCCCGCCCCGGCACCGGCUCCCGAGUACGAAGCCCCUCGCCCCUACUGCCCCAAGGAGACCGGGGAGGCGCGGCCGAGCCCUGGGCUGCCUGUCGGACCCCCAGCCCCCGGCGACUCGAAGCUGUCAGAGGAGGAGCAGCCCAAGAAGAAGCAUCGACGGAACCGCACGACCUUCACCACAUACCAGCUGCACGAGCUGGAGCGCGCGUUCGAGAAGUCCCACUACCCCGACGUGUACAGUCGCGAGGAGCUGGCCGGCAAGGUCAACUUACCCGAGGUCCGGGUCCAGGUAUGGUUCCAGAACCGACGGGCCAAGUGGCGGCGGCAGGAGAAGCUGGAGGUGUCGUCCAUGAAGCUGCAGGACUCGCCCCUGCUCUCCUUCAGGCGCUCCCCGCCCGCCGCGGCCCUGGCGCCCCUCGGGGCGGGCCCGGGCGGCGGCGGCGGCGGCGGCGGGCCUGCGGGGGGCGCCCUGCCGCUCGAGUCGUGGCUCGGGCCGCCGCUGCCGGGCGGGGGCGCCACGGCGCUUCAGAGCCUGCCAGGCUUCGGGCCGCCGGCGCAGAGCCUGCCCGCCAGCUACACGCCGCCGCCGCCGCCCUUCUUGAACUCCCCGCCCCUCGGCCCCGGCCUGCAGCCCCUCGGGCCGCCGCCGCCCGCCUACCCGUGUGGGCCCGGCUUCGGGGACAAGUUCCCGCUGGACGAGGCGGACCCGCGCAACAGCAGCAUCGCGGCGCUGCGCCUGAAGGCCAAGGAGCACAUCCAGGCCAUCGGGAAGCCGUGGCAGGCCCUCUAG